UUGUCUUCCUCACUAUUGUUUGCUACCAUCUAAUUUCAAAGUAGGACCAAACCUAACCUGUGAAAGGUGACAUAUGCGUUGGUGAUUCAGUUGACUGUUACUUGUCUUUGUUACAUAGUUUUAAUUCGGAACUCGUUUGUAAAACAGUUGCUGCAAACUGCCACACUUAUGCUCUUUAGUACAGUCAAAGUGGAACUGCAUUUCGGCUGUCCUAAACAACUAUUAAACAUUUCCUUUCCAGUCUCGGGAUUAUAUUUAAUUACAGCGGAUGAGGACAACUGCUACUCAGGCAACAGGAUCCAAACAGAUUAACUGUUCCAUUCUUGUAACAAUAAAGAGGGACAAGGAAGCGAGUGUUAAAAUUUGAGAAGAUUCAGAAGCGUUUUAAUAAACGCUGUUUGUUUCCUGAAAAUAGAUAAAUAAAUAAAUAAAUAAAUAUAAAUAAUGGCGCCCGCUAUUAGACAUCGCCUACACCCUGAACCCUGGAACUCCCUGGACGUUAAAGUUGAAGGAGAAAGUAAUUUAUCUGCCCGGCUUCCAAAAACAGCCAGAGAUCCCGAGUACCGAAAAAGGGACCAGAAAGUUGGUUCCAAGGUCAGAGCCCUUACAGCACGACCGGAUCUAGCCACGGGGACGUUUCUGGCUCGAGAUUCUUUUCGAAAAAACAAAGAGAAAGUUCAUGCCCAUACUGCAACAGGAAAAGUAUCCCCGGAAGUGCCUCCAGCUGAAAAGUAUAGUACAAAUGAGCUUAUUAUUUUGAUUCACGAGAAAAUGAAUUCCAGUUCCCGGAGUAUUCAGCAGCUAUUUCGAGCUAAUGAUCCCAAAGGAGAAGGUGUGGUGUCCAAGUUAGCAAUGACUAGAAUCUUGUGGAAAAUAUGUGGCUACCUGACAUCCUCACAAGAAAACAAGCUCUUAUACAGAUUAGGCCUUGAUGAACAUAAAAACAUCUCAUAUGAAGACUUCUUCAGCUGUUUUCAAAACAAAAAGAUAAACCGCAAUGAAUGGAUUAACCCCAUUAUUGUAAAAGAGCUCGGGUCUGCAGGAGUACAGAACAAAACUGAGCAGCCAAAAGCAAACAGAAAGGAUAAUGCGAAUAAUGAACAAGGAUGGGAAACAAUCAAAGAAAAAGUGACAAAAAGGACUGGAGAGAACAUAGCAUCAGAAAUUCAUACAACGUUACUUUCAAAACACUUGGGCUUUCCCUAUCCAGAUAAUCAAAAGUAUUCUGAAACAUUAAGUAAUGUGGGAAGACUACACAGCUGCACCAAAAAUUCACACUUUGAGAGAUUCAUGCAGCUUUUAAAAGGAAAGUUAAAUGAAGCCUGCCUGUCAUUGUUAUUAGAAUUUAAUUCCUUUGAACAACAAGAUGGUUUGGUUAGCCGAGCAGAUUUUCGCAAUGUCCUGAAAAAGCUCAAAAUUCCUAUGAGAGCAAUGGAAUUGGAGCAUCUAUUAGCUAAAUUUAACCUGAGACGCAAAGAUGGAAAAGUAGAUUACGCCAAGUUUGUGGAGAAGAUUAAAAGCAGAUCAAGUCUAAGCCUCUUGCAAAACACCAUGAAUUCACAAAAUCUCAGGUUUAACAGACGACCAUUCACCAGCUUUUCUGAAGGUCUGACUGCAUUUGAUGCACAGAUAAGACUUUUGGAACACUGCCAAGGACUUUUCCUGAAGUUGCUGGCAUCUUUUCAGUAA